AUGGCCUCCAAAUUCCUCGCCGUGGCCCUCGUCGCCGCUGUCCCAGCCCUGGCCAGAACUGAUCUCGCCGGCUGCACCACCUACGAUACCGUCGUCAGCAACGCCGAUGGUAUGUACGCUACGAGAAUCUGGUACGUCCCCGACUCGGGCGAGAUCUGCGACAUCCUCGACUGCGGCGGCGGCCGAGCUCCUCCCAAGACUACCGUCCCUGGAUGUCCCGCCUACGAGGGCACCGAGACGUACUCUCCCCUGUUUAUCGACCCCAAGACUCUUGGUGGUGCUGCACCUGAAAAGACUGGCGAUGCUCAGGGUACUGUGAGCGUUUCUGCUACUAUUACUUCGGCCCCUGCCACGGAGACAAAUGCCAGUGGUACUGCCACUGAGACUGAGGCUGCUACUGAAACCGAGACUGCCAGCGAGACAGAGUCCAAGUCCGAGACUGCAUCUGAGAGCACGGUCAGGCCCAUCAUCUCCAACACCCGCAAGGCCAACGAUACAGGCAUGUCUACUGCAAUGACAACCCCCGGCCGUGCUACUCUUACAACCACUGCUUCCUCCGGAGCCGGAUCCGGUACCGGUACUGCAUCUUCCGGAUCCGAUUCUGGCUCCGCAUCCGACUCCGAGUCGAAGCCCGCUUCUGGAACGGGGUCUGCCGUUUCCGUUUCCACCGCUGGUGCCGCGAUGCCCACAGCCGGUGCUUUCCUUGCUCUCGCCGGCGCCGCCAUCUACGCCGGGAUACUAUAG